AUGCUGUUCCCCUGCGCAGUGGACUGGCAGGGCAAAGGGGUCUCGUUCGAGAUUUACAGCGAGAAGAGGGAUCUCAUCAGCAGCUCGAGCUUUGUUAUCCACUGUGAAUCAAGAGAUGAUGACCUCGGGGGCCACAUUGUCGUGCAGGGGAGCUUGUACAGCUUCAAGUUCAGCCCCAGUGGAUGGGGGACGACACUGUUUCAUUGCGCUGUGGAACGGGAGGGAAAAGGGCUCUCCUUCGAGAUGUACAACGAGAAUAGGGAUCUCAUCGGCAGGUGCGAAAAAAUAUGCCUGUGGAAGGUCAGGCCAGACGGUGUUGCAGGUUUCGCGGAGCAUUGGGACAACCCCGAUUUAUACUUCCCUUGGACAAGAUGA